AUGGAACACUUAGAAGCAGGCGUAGGGUCUAAUAGAAAAGUUCUUGGUAUUAUACUAUAUCUAAAUUUUGCAUCUUCAUGGAAUAUCUUUUGGGACCAUUCUUGGCAUCCUGCAUAUAAGUAAAAUAGACCAUCACAAAUUGUAUAGGGAGCUAAAAAUUCUAUAAAGGAUCAUUGCUUGAUAUUGUAAAGAUUUCAGUUGAGGAGAGUACAUGGUUGUUACCACUACUUUAUGGGGGUAUAUUAAAUUAUAAACAUUAUUUUUGGCUGGCAAAAUUUGUGGAAAAAGAAAUUCUUGCAACCAUCGCCUAAAACGAGAGCGCAAAAUAAAUUAAAAAAAAAAAAAAAUAAAAAAAUAAAAAAAAAUAAAAAAAUAAAAAAAAAAAAAAAAUUUCAAUAUAAAAGUUUCAGAUUUGCUCUUAUCAAAAGGCUUUUACGUUUUUCUCUUUUUAUCUCUACAAGUUUUAUAUAAGUCAAUUUUCACAAAAAAAGACACAACUAGGUGCCUAUUAAGAUCCAUUAUAGUAGAUUUUAAUAAGUUUUAUUUUUAAGUUUUUUCUGUGUGCCUUUUUUAUUUUAGAGUUUUCAAGAGUUUUUUAUUAUUUUAAGUGAAUCUAAGUUCUAUUCACUUUUUUUAAUUAGUUUUAUUUGUGGAAAAUAAAGUCUGUAACUGAAGAAAAAGUAUUUGAUAAUGGUUCGUCUAUUAGUCAGAAAAUUGAAAUUCAAAGCGGUCAAGAAUCGUCGAAGCAACCAAACUCAAGAAAUGUAAAUGAAAAUUUAGAGCCUUAUCGUUUAACAGUUCAAGAUGUUGCCAAAUUAUUACAAACGGAUGUAGAUUCUGGUUUAAGUGAUGAUCAAGUUACUCAAAAGAAACAUGAAUUUGGUUUAAAUAAUUUAGGUAAAGAAGACAAAAUUUCGAUUUCGAAGAUUUUAGCCCAUCAAGUUUUCAAUGCGAUGGUUUUAGUUUUAAUUAUAUCAAUGAUCAUUGCUUUAGCUAUUAAAGAUUGGAUUUCUGGUGGUGUUAUUGGGUUUGUCAUUGGUGUUAAUAUCGUAGUCGGUUUUAUUCAAGAAUUCAAAGCUGAAAAGACCAUGGGGUCAAUUAGAAAUUUAAGUUCACCAAGCGCAAGAGUUUUAAGAAAUGGAGUUGAACAAAAUAUUAACGCUGAAGAUGUUGUUCCUGGCGAUAUAGUUUUUAUAAAAGUUGGUGAUACUGUACCUGCUGAUUUAAGAUUAAUUGAUACAUUAAAUUUAGAAACUGAUGAAGCAAUGUUAACAGGUGAAUCUUUACCUGUUGCAAAAGAUCAUGGAGAAAUUUAUGUUAGUGAUGAAGCAAUUCCAGUUGGAGAUCGUCUAAAUAUGAGUUUCAGUUCUUCUAUAGUUUCAAAAGGUAGAGGUUCUGGUAUUGUUACAACUACAGGAUUAAAUACUGAAAUUGGUAAAAUUGCUGAUAGUUUAAAAAAUCAUGGUGAUCAAAUGAUUGUUAAAGUUACAGAGCCAAGUUUUAAAAAUUAUUCACUUGCUGCUGGUAAAACGUUACUUAAUGUUAUUCAGAACGUUUUAGGUACAAAUGUUGGUACUCCAUUACAAAGGAAAUUAUCAUGGUUAGCUAUUAUGUUGUUUUGGAUUGCUGUGAUCUUUGCAAUUGUAGUUAUGGGAUCUCAAAAGAUGGAUGUUACUAAAAAUGUUGCAAUUUAUGCCAUUUGUGUUGCUUUAUCAAUGAUUCCUUCUUCAUUGAUUGUUGUUUUAACUAUUACUAUGGCUGUUGGAGCUAAUGUUAUGAUUAGUAAACAUGUUAUUGUUAGAAAAUUAGAUUCAUUAGAAGCUUUAGGUGGUGUUAACGAUAUUUGUUCUGAUAAAACUGGUACUUUAACUUUAGGUAAAAUGAUUGCUAAAAAAGUUUGGUUACCAAAUAUUGGUACUUAUCAAGUUGAAAAUUCAAAUGAACCAUAUAAUCAUAAUAUUGGUACUGUUAAAUUUAAAAAUUUAUCACCGAAAGAAAUUGAUGAUACUGAUGAAGAAAUACAAUUUCAUGCAGAUUUACCAAAACAAGAUGGUGGUGCUGAAAAAUGGUUAAAAUCAGCAACUUUAGCUAAUAUUGCCACUGUUAAAUUGGUUGAUGAUCAAUGGGAAGCUCAUGGAGAUCCAACUGAAAUUGCAAUUAAUGUUUUUACAAGAAGAUUAGGUUGGGAAAGAGAAGAUUUAAUUUCUGAUAAUAAAUUACAUUUUAUUAAUGAAUUUCCAUUUGAUUCUUCAGUCAAAAGAAUGUCAACAAUUUAUGCACAAGGUGAUGAAACAUAUGUUUAUACUAAAGGUGCAGUUGAAAGAGUUUUAGAAAUUUGUGAAUAUUGGAAUGAUGGUAGAAAAUUGACUUCUGAAGAUCAUGCUAUUAUUGAUGAUAAUAUGGCAGCAUUAAGUUCACAGGGUUUAAGAGUCUUAGCAUUUGCAAGUCAAAAAAUUGAUUGUCAAGAUUUAAAUUCACGUGCUUCAGUUGAACAAGGUCUUUCAUUUCUUGGUUUAAUUGGUAUUUAUGAUCCACCAAGAGAAGAAUCUAGAAAAUCAGUUAAAUUAUGUCAUCAUGCUGGUAUUAAUGUUCGUAUGUUGACUGGUGAUCAUCCUGGUACUGCAAAAGCAAUUGCUCAAGAAGUUGGUAUUUUACCACAUAAUUUAUAUCAUUAUGCACCAGAAGUUGUUAAAGUUAUGGUCAUGACUGCAAAUGAAUUUGAUGCAUUAUCAGACGAACAAAUCGACGAAUUACCAGUUUUACCAUUAGUUAUUGCAAGAUGUGCACCACAAACUAAAGUAAGAAUGAUUGAUGCAUUACAUAGAAGAAAUAAAUUCGUUGCAAUGACUGGUGAUGGUGUCAAUGAUUCACCAAGUUUGAAAAAAGCAGAUGUUGGUAUUGCAAUGGGUAUGAAUGGUUCAGAUGUUGCAAAAGAUGCUAGUGAUAUUAUUUUAACUGAUGAUAAUUUUGCAUCCAUUUUAAAUGCAAUUGAAGAAGGUAGAAGAAUGUCUUCAAAUAUUCAAAAAUUCGUUUUACAAUUAUUAGCUGAAAAUGUUGCACAAGCAAUCUAUUUAAUGGUUGGUUUAGCAUUUAUGGAUAAUGAUGGAUUUUCAGUAUUUCCAUUAUCACCAGUUGAAGUUUUAUGGAUUAUUGUUGUUACUUCAUGUUUCCCAGCUAUGGGAUUAGGUCAAGAAAAAGCUGAUCAUGAUAUUUUAGAUAAACCACCAAAUAAAACAAUUUUUACAUGGGAAGUUAUUAUUGAUAUGUUUGUUUAUGGAUUUUGGAUGGCUGUUUGUUCAUUGGUAUGUUUUGUUGUUAUUGUUUACGGUAAAGGUGAUGGUUAUUUGGGAUCUAAUUGUAAUGACGGAUCAGGUACUGGUUGUAAAUUAGUUUUCCAAGGUAGAUCAGGUGCAUUUGCUGCUUUUACAUGGAUGGCAUUAGCUUUAUCUUUUGAAUGUUUACAUUUAAGAUAUUCAUUUUUCAAUAUGAGAAAAGAUUCAGAAUUACCAUGGUGGAAAGAAUUGGCAUUACAUUUAUGGGGUAAUCAAUUCUUAUUCUGGUCAAUUGUAUUUGGUGUUGUUAGUGUUUUCCCAGUUGUUUAUAUACCUGUUAUAAAUGAUAAAGUAUUUUUACAUGGUCCAAUUGGAUAUGAAUUUGGAGUUGCUGUUGCAUUUACAAUUGCAUAUUUUGGUGGAUGUGAAGUUUAUAAAUGUUUGAAGAGGGUAUAUUUUAGAAAACUGAUUGCUAGAAAUGUUAAUAAUCCAGAAUAUGAAUUACAAAGAAAUGAUCCAUUUACACAAUAUGCUUCAUUUUCAAGAAGUGGUACUAUGGAUAUUUAA